AUGCCGAACAACAGGAGGAGCACGAUGAAGAAGAUCGGGGGCAAGGACGGGAUCCACCCCGGAUCACGAAAGGCCGGCCAGAUCACCCGCGUGCACCUGCGCAACGCCAAGCUGGCCUCCCAGGCAAAGGGGAGGAAGGAGCUCAACCAGAUGAAGUUGUUCCGCCCGCUCUUCUUCCUUCACUCGCUCAGUGGCCCCGCCGCCCUCUCGCUCCCUUCCCUCCGCGCGCUCAUCUCGGACGUCUUCCUCACGCGCAACGACGACCGGAUCGCAGAGCUCACGGCCGAGCGCAGGCCCGGAAGGCCCAAGGACAAGGAGCUGCUCGAGCUCGAGGAGCUCCGCCGCCGCGAGCACGCCGAGUGGGAGACUGGCUUUGAGGUUCCCAACCUCACGGACGGCGCCACCACCCGUCUGAUGUACUCGUGGACCGAGAGCGGCACCAACCUCCAGUCGUCACACUGCGACCUGCUGCCCUGGGUGCGCCUGUUCGCGAACGACGAGACGACGGUGGUGGUCAGCCGCGCCGGCAAGCUGGACAAGAUGGGUCUCGGCGACGGUGUCGACGGCGAGGGCGACAACUGGGCGGCGAUGGGCAAGACGGCCGAGGAGGAGGGCAAGAUUGAUGUGGAGGCGUAG